AUGGCCUGGGCAGAUGGGCAACUGUUGCCACCGUGUCUGGCGGUGCUACCGCAGGCGGGUCCGCCUUCGCCGCUGGUGCUGUCGCAGACUUUUCCACCGAUGUCUAUUCAUUCACCAUCGCAACCGCAAGUGGAACCAUCGACCGACCUGACGACCAGUGGCGGCCUAGUACCACCACCGGCGCCACUCUUCUCCUCACCCUCGUCGGCCUCUUCCGCCUCGUCGGCCUCCUCCGUUUCUGGGGCCUCCUUCGUUAUGGGCGGUCAGAAACCGGCGCUUCCCGUCUCAUCUCCGGCCGAUCAAUUUGAUGCUGCUUUUCGAGUCGACUUGACUGCGACCGGUUGCCCCGGCGCUCCAUCGGCCGUCUCAGCGGCCACGGUUGAAGCGCUCUGCAGCCUCUUUCUGUCGUCGCCAUCGCAACCGGUUGGACCAAGCCGACUAACUCGUUCGAGUCGUCCGAGCCGUCCGGUCCAAUCUCCGGGCGAUCCGGAGAUCUGGCCAUCCAUCAGCCCAACUUUGGACCCAGGAAUCCGGCCGGAGGAGGUGGUGGCCGCCUCCGACGGCGGCCACAUGUCGGGCCUCGACGCUCAACUGGCCAAUCCCGGAGCAGGACUCUUCUCGCCCGGCCGAGACGACAGUCUAGCCUCGAUGGGCGUCUUCACGCCUAAUGUACCGGCGUCGAGUCUGGACGUCGGUUUGUCGCCGUUUUCGGCCCAUCAGGACUCGGUCGUCUCGUCGGCCCAGCUGCCCGGCCUGCAGGUUCCGCCGCACUUUCUCUUUCUUCCAUCCAACGAGGCUCUUCUGCUCGCCCCUCACCCAUCCUCCACCAACCCCGCCUUUGCCACUCCUCAUAUGCCCAAUUUCUGUCGUCAUGGCAAUGCGGAAACCGGUUCUACUCCUGCGCACUACGUCUAUCCACCACCACUUGCCGUCUACUCGCACCACCAACCCCUUCACUCCACCCAUCCCCAGGCGCAAACGGCUCUGUCCGUGCUAAACAGUCUCAUCUCCAUGGCAACAGUUGCCGCAGCGUCAGCGUCAGCGUCGGCAUCAUCGUCGUUGUCGGCCCUGGCAACUACUCCGGUUUCUGGUCUCGAAGCGACCGGAGUCGUCGGGCCAGAGACGCCAAGAAAACGCAUCCGUCUGGCCGAGCCUGACGAAGUGGAUGGACGGUAUGAGGCGAAUGUCGUCGCCCAACAACCGGCAAAUCAGUCCAUUCGGUGCCGACAGGUCGAGCACCGGACAAAUGUGCAGUUGGCCGAGUUGGCAGACGCAUUGGAGGCUGGAGCUGGGGAGCCGACGACGAAUGACUACAAAGAGGAGGUGAGGAGAAGCCGCGACUUGGAGCGUGCCGAAGCAUUUGCCAACACUGGCAUCAUCGUCUGUUGCAAGCCUUGA